CUAUAUUAAUUUAUUUAUAUAAAAACCUAUCGAGUGGCAUCUUAUUCACCAACAGUUCCUCUUUUGAAGAACGCUAAUGAAUUAUCAUAGGAUAUCUGAACAAGCUAUAAACCAUCUUAAUCAAAAAAUAUUCAAUUAUCAAAAGGUAUUUUACAACAAGCAUUUUACACAUCACUUCCAUCAAAAUACCUAAUGAAUGUCCUCUCCCAAUAAACAUCCUACGCUCGAAGCUUACACCCACAAGCCUCUUUCUAACAACGAUUAUCUGUUAAUAAAAAACAAUCUAAGGGUAUCUACCAGCCAUAAAUCUUAAUCAAGAGGUAUUUUACAGUAGGCAUUUUACACAUCACAAUAUCUAAUUAAUAUCGUCCCUAUAAACAACCUACAGCUCACACCUGCCAGCAUUCGCCCGCAGGCCGCCUUGCGGUGUGGACGCGUCGCAACGCGCGCGAGUGUUCCGAUCGUGAGCGGUGUUUGUUUUAUGGUGUAAAAGAUUUGACUUUACGCAGAUGGAAUACGUAAUUCGCAAAUGAAGGAUGACUGCGUCAGCGUCAGCGUCAUGUAACUCAGUAAUAUGAAUCUUACUAACUACGUCGUGUAUAUCAUCGGCCUGUUUUGGCUAACACUGACUGAUGCGAAAAUUGGGUACUUCUGGCACAUCACAGAUCUCCAUUAUGACCCGUUCCACAACUCCCUGGAGCUGCAUAGAGGAUGUAGACACCGGGGCAGCAUGGAACACAACCACCGGAACGAGAGGCACAGAGACCACUCCUGCGACAGUUCCUGGAACCUGAUACAGAGCGCGGCCGCGCUGAUGGCCGCGAGGCAUCCUGACACCUUGGAGUUUGUGCUGUGGACUGGUGACAUCCUCUCAUCAUCCAUGGAGCACCUAAAAGAGGAAUACAAACUAGAAGCGGUCCGAAACGUGACAGAUAUCCUGAGCCGGACGUUCAGCAGCCAGUUCGUCUUCCCAGCGCUGGGUCACAACGACCCACCGCCAUCGAGAAAACUGGUCGACAUGUGGAUGCAGUGGCUGCCCACAGAAGCCCUUCAGACUUUUGAAACUGGUGGCUACUACACAAUAGAGCAAUCCCACAGUAAGCUGCGGAUUGUGGUGUUAAACAGCGUGCUGUGGGCUGGCGGAGCCGCCCGAACUGACGGUCCACAUCGGGGCAGAGCGCAGUGGGAAUGGUUAGAGCAAGUGCUUAGCAAGGCUAGGAGGAAAAGUGAAAUGGUGUACAUAGUAGCACACGCCGGCCCCGGCGUGGAAGAACGUCACGGCGCCGGCAGCGCCUCAGCGGCUGGAGGCGGGGAGUUGACCCCUCAAGCGAACGCUAGGCUCAUACACCUUAUCAGGGCAUUCAGUGACGUCAUCGUGGGGCAGUUCUAUGGCCAUAGACAUACGGAUACCUUCAGACUGGUUUAUAGUGAAGGUCGACCAGUAUCUUGGGCCUUCCUCGCGCCGUCGGUGACCCCAAGGGGCGCCGGCAGCAUAUCCAAUCCGGGCUUAAGAUUAUACAAGUUUGACUCCAACAACGGAAAGGUGUUGGACUACACCCAGUAUUACCUGGACGUGACAACAAACCGUGGUGAGCACCACUGGGCCAUCGAGUACAAUCUGACCCAGUACUACGGCCUGCGAGAAGUCAGCGCGACAUCAUUGGACGCGUUGGCGGAUCGCAUCAGGAAUUAUCAUGACAGGACUAUAUUUAACAAGUACAUAAACGCAUUACGAGUCCGCCACGCGCCAGACUUCGACUGUGACUCGGCGUGUGUACACGUCCAUUACUGCGCGAUCACCCGCGCAGAAUACCAGGAGUUUCGCUCAUGCGUCCGCAACCCUGCCUCAGCGCUAGCGUCGCGCGCGCCGAGCAACUCUGCAGCCAUCUUGCUGUACGCCAUUUUGAUUUUGAUCUCGUCGUAGAAACUGACAGUACAUAUUAUACCAUCGUCAUUUUAGUUAAAAUUUAAGUGUUUUUUGUGCGUUUAAAUGGCGAUCUUGACUUGUAGUUGCUCAAAAAUAUAAAAAAUGUGUUAAAUGGGUAAAAUAAUUUAUAUCCGGCUGCCGCUAGGGCUUGGAAACCGUUUUGUUUUUCAAACCGGUUUCAUUCAAUCGUUUCGUUACCGUUUAAAGAACUGUUCUAUUAAAAUACCGGUUUAUGCCAAAUUCUUUCGAAAUUAACUGGUUAAAUUGAAAAUAUCGAAGCAAGAUAGAACGAGAAAGUAUUGCUGUCCCUUUUACGUAUGACAACUAGUUUCACCGAGAAUCUCCGAAAGCCGAGAGGGACUGGUUAAUAGGUACCGUUCCCCGCGAACCAUAAAAUUCCGUUUGCUCUUCUUACCGGUUAGGAGAGAAAAGGUAUUUUAUUAGUUCACACUCCACCAAAUAACCGGUUAAUGAACGAAAUAAUAUAACUAUUUUGAAACGACAUUAUCAGGUACAAUACCGGUUUCGAGCCCUGGCCGCAGCAUAUUUUCUGCUAUCUAGCUGCUAAGAGCGACAAGGAAAUAAAAUAACUUAUAAACUGUCCUUCUCAGCAAAUAUUGACCGGUAACCAUACAGUAAAGAUCUGUCAGUAGGCUAAAUCAGCAUACAAUUCUGAGUGAAUAUCAACUAUUUCUCUUCAAAAGUAAAAUCCACCUUCCUAAAAAUUAAAGAGCUUAACUGAUCUUCUGCAAGCCUCGAAACCAAUUAAGGGUGAACUUUAAAUGUAAGUUAAAUUUUUACAGACUCAGUUUUUUAGGAAAUAGUGUAUUAAAGGCAACUGCCUGUCAGGUCUGUAUUAUUUACAGUAAAGUAUCUAGAGUUUUUCUUGUCGUAAUUUUUGCCUAUCUUGAGUGGGUUAUGAUGUUGUAAAAUGGUCCGUGGUCGAAUAACGGAAUUUAAAUUUUUUGAUAAGCAACAGUUUCUGAAAAGAGUACAAGAAAAAUUAUACGUUAAUUGUAUUUAUAAUUGCCAUAAUUAUCAAAGCAGUUUCAUUUAACGACUGAAAGGAAAUGGGAAAUCUAAUAAUGAUUUAAUUAAUUACCGUUAAAAACAAAACCAGUAAUUACAUUUACAGUACGGUCACAUCUGAAAAUAUCGGUACGAAAAAUGUGCCAAAAAUAUGUAUACACUACCUUAAUAUGUUGGCAAUAAAGUCGUGUAUACAUCUUUUUGGUACUUUUUUCGUAUUGAUAUUUUCAGACGUGACCGUACUGUAAAAUGUUGUACGAUACAUGUGCGAAUAGGCAAUUCGCAACUUGUGUCGAUUUAAAACACUUCCUAUUUUUCACACUUAUAUUGAAAUGUAGGCACUAUAAUUAAAACAUUUAUGGGGCUCUGAACCGCUAGUGUAAAUUUAUUCGAUAGCGUGACGUGACGUACGCGUUUGCGUUAUGUCUCAUUUUGUAUAGGAUUUAGAAACAGCGCGCCAAGCGGAACAUUUUGGAAACUCAAAAUCCCAUACAAAAUGAGACUUAACGAUAUGCGUACGUCACGUUUCGCUAAAGAAUAAAUUUACACUAGGGGUACAGAACUCCUUAUUUAUAAAAUGUGACACUUUCUAUGGUGUAUUAGGGACUGAUUGAUAUAAAUAAUAUUGUAAAAAAAACUUAAGAAAGAAAAUCGUAUAUUUACCAAACAUAUACUUACGUCAUACUUGUAAUGACCACCAGGGGCCCAUUUCUCAAACGGUAUUACUCUAAUAUUUUUAGUUCACAAACUGUCAAAUCGUAUGGGUUUCCAUGACAACAUACUAAUAAUUUUAGCCUAAUACCGUUUGAGAAAUGGGCCCCUGGAACCCAUUUCUUGAACCAUAUUAGACUAAUAAUAUCAAUCCAAGAACUAUCAACACUGCAUAAAUAACAUUAAUAAUAAAAUUAUGAGACUAAUAAUAUUAGACUAAUAUUAUUCGAGAAAUUGGCCCCAGGCGUUAGUAAGUAAAUUUUAAUGUAGCCUGUAUUAGCCACUAGGCCACUAUAGGUUCACAGUGUUAAUUUAUUUCUGUGUUGUUAAUGGAAAACUACUAAAUUUCUUUUCAUACAAAGAAUAUAAAUUGUUCCGUAUAUGGUAGUGAUAAUCCCCACUUACCUAUAUAUUCAAAUAUGUACCACUGUUGUCGGUUCCACUUUAAUUCAAAUAUGAGUCAUCGAUAUUUAUGUAAGGUGAGGUGGUAUAAGAGAAACUAUGGGGCAAGGGGGUCACUUGCAGGAAAAAUAAUCUGUGAGAAAUACCCCUUACCCCUUAUCCCUUACCCCGAGGAAAAUAAAGUAUGUUUCUUUUACCCCACUUAAACUUACAAGUAUUUAUUACAGAAAUCUAAAAAUAUACUUCCAAUCGACAGGUUGCAGGUAAAUACUAAAUAAAAAUUACCAGUAUAUUUUCGUAUACCUGCUAAAUAUCAAAUUACCUAUGCAUUACCAUUGAAUCUCAAAUUCAAUUGGUCUGCACUGAGGGCCUACCGGGAAAACCGAAAUUUGCAAAUUGCGGGGAUCUUUCUCUUUUACUUCAAUGAAAGCGUAAUUAGAGUGACAGAGAAAGAUGCCCGCAAUUUACGAACUUCGAUUUUCGCUUCUUCGAUAUCAAAGGAUAUCUUAACAAUGCCAUUCAUCUGAUCAUAGCUUAAUGUUAAAUUAUUUAGGACUUUAAUGUUACCUAUUAUUGUAGUUAUUUAGUAUAGACCGAGGCGAAUUGGAUCACAGGGCGAAUUGGAUCAAAAUGAAAAAUCGGUUGAUAUUUGAAAUAUUGCAUUAAUAUCACCGCAAAAAAUACCACUGAACAUCUCUUAUCUUGCGACGCUAGUCAUACGCAAUAUUUUAGAAAUCAACGUUUUUUUAGUCUGAACCGAUUCACCCUGUGAUCCGUAUCGCCUAGGUCUACCCUAUGCGUAAAUAAAUAAAAUCACUUAUUUUCCUAACUAUGCUGAUGAAUGGGAUGGUUCCUGACAUGUAAAAAUUGUAAAUAAGUUUUAGUUUUGAUAGUACAUGCAUUAUAAGAACACGUUUACAUUGGGCUGGUUGAUCAUUGUGGCAAUAGCCUAGACUUUAAAGUAAAGCAUAACUAGCACUUCUUACUCAUCCCGUGAAUUAACAUCAGUAUUAUCCUGAACCUGUUUCACAAUAUCCAAGUAAAGUUCUGAAUAAGCUACUCGUUACUUAUCUGACGAAUAAAGUCAUCGUUGGUAUUUCACAAUCUUCAAAUAAGCUUCACUGGUAGAUAAAGUGCUGAGUUUUGUAGGAAAUUAUAUCUGGCAGUUAAUUUAUUUGUUAAUUGGCUAUCCAAUACUUUACUUGGAAACAGGCCCUAAGACUCACCCUAUACUUAUUAAGUUCAAUUUAAAUCAUUUUCAAUUGGAACAGGGUUGCAUUUGUUUUGGUUUCGUUAUAUUAAAAAAAAUGUAUUUUCUACAUUGUCGGUUCAUAUUCAACUGGCAAUUUUUAAAUUUUUUGUCUUCACAUCAUAUGUGUCGUUUUAAAGCUAUAG